AUGAGACCAUCCAUUCUCCUCUUUGCGGCCCUCUCCGUCGCAAGUGCACAAGCCUCCUGGUUUUCCAACGAAUCUCCCGACUACAAUGAUUGGUCCAAGUCAGAGCUUCUAAAAUGGCUUGAGGACCACAACGUCGAUGUGCCGUCGCAAGCCCAUACAAAAAACGAGCUUCAGGAGCUGGUCAAGUCCAACUGGAACACCGCUUCCGCAUGGACGUACGACCAGUAUGCUGACGCCCAGCGCGCAUUUGCCGACUUGCGAGACACAGCAUUCGAUAAGUGGGAUGAGUCGCGGCUGCGCGAGUUCCUCCUUGAACAGGGCGUAGUCGCUCCCUCAGGCCCACGCGAGCAACUCGUUCUGCUUGCUAAGCAAAAGUACAGAGCUUACACCGAUGCGGCUUCUUCUUUCUCGUCGGUCGCAAGUGCAUCCGCCAGCUCUGCAGUGUAUGGAGACGCGACAUAUCAGGCUUCGAAGAGUUUGAGUAGCAUCGCAGCGCAAGCUACGAAUUCAGCCAAUGCGGUGAUGGAUGACACCAAAGAUUAUAUUUACUCCACCUGGGACGACAAUCAGCUACGAUCGUAUUUGGAGGAAAAUGAUUACAUCAAGACAAAACCGCAGAAGUCGAGGGAAGAGAUGUUGGCCAUGAUGAAGAAUGCGUACGCUGAGAUAACCGGUUCCGCUUGGGGCGCUUGGAGUACUUCAUACAUGCACAAUUGGCUUGUCUCGCACAACAUCAUCAAGUCUGAUUACGAGAAGAACCGCGGUUCCCUUGUCGACCACAUGAAGAACUACUAUUAUGAUAUUCACGACACAGCAUAUUCGUCGUGGACAGAUUCGCAACUCAAAAAUUGGCUCGUCGAGCAUGACAUUAUCAAGGGCGACGCUCAAAUCAAGAGAGACAAAAUGAUGAAGAUGAUUGAGGAUAACUAUUCGCACGCAAAGACGACAGUCUGGUCGGCGUGGUCUGAUAACCAAAUUCGCGAUUGGUUGAUACAACAUGGUUACAUUCGUUCGGAUGUUCAAAUGAAGCGUGACGAACUUGUUGCCAUGAUUGACAAGAAAUACAAAGACGCUAACACGCGCACCGCCGAAUAUCUGACCUGGCCCGACGCUCGUCUUCGUGCUUAUCUGCGCGAAAGAGGCGUCGACGAAUCUGCGCUACCCGGUGCGCGUCCAGGAUUACUCCAGGAAGUGCGUAUCAAAUGGGUGCAGACCAACCACCACGCCGAAAACCUUUACAUGCGUGUCUCAGAGAUUAUCAAUAGCGCCGUCGACAGUGCUGAACAGAAGCUCGCUCGUCUAGUUGAAGUGCUCACCGGUUAUUCAUCUGAUAAGUACACCGCCGCGAAGACAUACGCUGAGGAGGGCCGCAGGACGGCGAACGCUAAGUACGAGGAGGGGAGGAUCUACGGCGAGAAGAAGGUAGAUGAAGCCCGGGAUUAUGUCGGCGAGAAGGUCAAGAAGAGCGGCGAAGCGAUUAAGGGAGAACUGUGA